AAAAUGAAAUGCGUUACUCUAUUUUCCUAUCUCUGUGGGGAUGCUCACGAGGUCGUGAGGCUGUUCCGGGUUGUCGUUAGUUCAGCCAGCUUUCUCGUCCCGCUUUGCCGUGCGGAAUUUGUGUGGUCCUGAAUCCAGUGGGCGAAGCGUCUCCGGGGAUUGGCCCACCUCAUUUCCUCGCGUCUCAUGGCGGCGGAAGGCCCUGAGGCUCAAACUACCAUGGCAACGAUGACCGGCGUGACGGAGCGUUAUUUUACCCGCUGGUACAAACCUGAUGUAAAAGGUAAUCCAUGUGAGGACCAUUGCAUACUGCAGCAUUCUAAUAGAAUCUGUGUCAUCACUCUAGCCGAUGCUCACCCUGUUCUUCAAAAGGGAAAAGCAAUUGAGCGUAUUAGUUACCAGAUCAGUGCCAACUGUAGCAGGCUGCAAAAUAAAGUUUCUGGAAAGUCUAAACGGGGCGCUCAGUUUCUAACAGAACUUGCCCCUCUGUGUCGAAUUUUCUGCUCAGAUGGAGAAGAAUAUACCAUAUAUAGCUGUAUAAGAGGAAAAUUGAUAGAAGUAAACGAAAACAUUCUGGACAAUCCAUCUCUCCUACAAGCAAAGCCUUCCACAGAGGGAUACAUUGCAGUUGUAUUACCAAAGUUUGAAGAAAGCAAAAGUGUAACUCGGGGGCUUUUGACACGGAAAGAAUACGAAGACAUUUUGUUGAAACGUUUUAAUCUCAUUUCUUGAUAAGAUUCACAGAAUGAGAACUAAGUAUUUCAUAGCAGGCAUAUGAAUUGAGUAAGACUGCUUCCAGUACAUCUCAUGAUAAAGUGACUUCUCAGCUUCCAUGCUUAACGUGCGGAGGAAAACUGAACAAAAAUGCUUUGAAUUUCAAAUAGCAACACAACGGAAAAGUUCUUUUUCAGGCAGUUGAGGCACAAGCAAGCAAAUUUUUAAGUACUUAAAAGUUUCAUUUAUUAAUGAUACUGUCAAGGGUGUGUUUAAAUUUCCUCUAGUGAUAACAGUGGAACUUCAAAAGGACUUAAAGUGUGGCUGAACUGUCCCUGUUGUGGUAUUUAAGGGGGCAAUGUCAAAAUAUAGCCCUGUUUCUCAUAUCAAUAAAAGCUUAUUGUCAGUUUA